AUGACGGCUGUCGCAAACCCACCGAGUUUCCCGCAGAUCAAUAGGUCGGCAUGGGGAUCUAGUGUCAACCAAGGAGGAAUGAAUGCUAUGAAUGCCGACGAAGUGGCCAGAAUGUUCAUGCCACGGAAAAGCGCUCAGCGCGCCAACUCAUCCUCCUCGAUAACUUCAUUAUCCUCAAACUCAUCCACUUCAUCCACCUCGACGAUAUCGCAACAAGCACCGCAGACUAAUGGUGUACCUACGUCCUCGUCUAAUGAAUCAAACAAUUGGGGACCGGCAGCAGCAGCACGAAAGAAAGUCCCAAGGGUGCAACCGUCAUGGGCUAAUAAAGCAGACUCGAUAGCUGGUUCUAACACGACACGGCCUUCAUCUGCAUUGCCAAAUGGUAAUUCUGGCUCAUCCAUGACUCCAUUACACCAGCCGGCCCCCAUGGUACCAUCACAACACAUUACACCAAAUGGAACACAACAGAUGAGACCCCAAGUCCAACCCGUAGAAGGGGAGCCAAUGCUUUACUUGCUAUCUAUGAAUGGUACUUUUGAUCACAAGAGGAUUUCAGUACCCUUCUACCCGGAUAGCCUAAGAAUUGGACGUCAAACAAAUGCCAAAACAGUACCAUCGCCUGCGAACGGAUUUUUUGAUUCGAAAGUGUUAUCGAGACAACAUGCGGAGAUUUGGGCAGAUCGAAGUGGGAAGAUAUGGAUUCGAGAUGUUAAAUCCUCCAACGGUACCUUCGUGAAUGGAGCGCGUUUAUCAGCCGAAAAUAAGGACUCGGACCCACACGAGUUGCAGUCGCAAGAUCAUCUCGAGCUUGGUAUAGACAUUGUGAGCGAGGACCAGAAGACCGUUGUACAUCAUAAAGUCGCUGCAAAGGUCGAACAUGCGGGUUUUGCGGGCUCGACUAAUAAUCUUCUGGACAUGAACUUUGGCGACUUAAAUCCUGCUAAUGGAGCAAUGAUGUUACCAUCUCAAAACCCGACCAUGAGAGGGAGAAAUGGAAGCCAAAGCUCGAUGGUCAGUAAUGGUCGCAUGGGGCCUGCACCACCUCCAGGUAGCGUAGCUGGGAGUCAAAUGAGUGUCAUGGGCCAGCAACGCCCGAUGAACUUCUGGUUAACUCCCGUUACAACAGAGCAGAUAGUAAAGAGGCUUUCUCACGAAAUGCGGACGGCCCGAUUACAAAAUUCUGAUUUGGGGCGAGCUGACAACUUCUUUGGAGGCCUGCUAUCAAAGGAUAAUGUAAAAGAACAUGAGAGUGCGCCAAAAGUAGAAGCACCUAAACCUGUGGUAGCAAAUGGUUCUUUAUUACCCUUUAGGACUGAAGCAAAAACUCGAUUCUCUGAUCCUCCCGCUCCCCCGCCUCAACAACCUCUUCCCGAAAAGCCAGAUGUUGCCCGUUCUCAUAACUUCGAUCCUGCAUCACCUACCGCUUCUCUGAGAAGAUCUAACACCGAAAAGCAGAGAUCCUUGACAAAUGGCUCCCCGGUCAGAGAAGUCAGCAGUCAAAUAAUUACGUUGGUGGAGGCAUUAGCGUCGGCUAAGAAAGAGAUUGAUUCACAAUGUGCUCGGAUGCGGGAUUUAGAGGAUAUGCUUCAGAAGGAACGGCAGGCACGGGAAACGGCAGAAGAAAUGGCUAAAAGAUUGGAGCUGCAAACCCCGGAGAGUAAAACGAAUGGAAGCGCCAAAUCUGGGACGGAAGGAUCAAUUAUCGAAGAUGCCUUUGAACCACCCUUGGAGGAUUUAUCACCACAGGACAAAGUCAAUACACAUGUCGACGCUAACGGCAUUGCCGACUCAUCCUGUAAGUUAGAACAGCGGCUUGAAAGUAUGCUUUCGGAUAUGCAGGAGCUGCGAUCUCAGAUGGAGUCAUACAAAAAGAGAGCAGAGACUGCCGAAGCAGAAAGAGAUACCAGCCGAAAGACUUUAGCAGAAAUGAUCGCAAAAAUUCGCUCGGAUGAGCAACUUGGAAAAUUGCCUUCAUCUGACCGAUCCAAAUCUCCAUCGAAACAAUUCUCAAACAAAGUUAUCAACGGAGCUGAAAAUGGGGCUGAUUUGAAACUCCACCCACUAAUACGACCAAACGGUAUAAAAUGUACCUCAUCCGAAAAUGAUGAACUUCAUGCAUCGCUCAAAAAUGCGAUCGCUUCUUCGAAACAUACCGGCCACGAUCCCCUGUUAUACCACUCGACACCUUAUGUCUCAAUGCUUGGCAUUGUCAUGAUUGGUAUGGGAUUGAUGGCAUAUAUCAACGGUUGGCAACCACCAAAAGUUGAUCGAUAG